UACCAGGUUGAGAAUUGUAUCAGGAUGAUAAGGUCACCAUGACUACGUCAUUCGAUGACACACCUAUGCAAUCUGAUGAAUGGCAAUCAAGCUGUAUGCAAUGUGUGUGUGUGUGAGUAAUAUAUAAGAAAUUAUAAUUUGUCACAUCAUUACAUUAUUAUGACAUCGGCUGUAUAUACGUUUUUUUUUAUUUGUCUGUUCGGUGAAUAUACAAAGACAAACACACACAAAAUCAUGUGUGUGUACAUGUUUUCCAUUCAUUCAAUACAUCAAUGACUAUCAUUGCCAAUUUUUAUUGGAUAGUAUAUCCUGUGUGUGUGUUUGUGUGUACAUGAGCAUGAUGUUGUUGUUGUUGUUGUCAUUGAUGUUAAUGUUGACUGCCACAGUUACAAUAUCAUCAUCAUCAUCAGGCUCAUCAGGCAACAACAUAACGGUGUGGCGAACCGAAGCCAAAUUAAAACAAAAAAAAAAUCUAAUGCGUCCAAUUUAAUUUAUUAUUAUAAUAGAAUGAUUGAAUUGAAUGAUGGAUAAUCUGACGUUAUUGUUAAUAUUAUUCAUAUCAUUCAUUGUGAUCAUUUUGAUUGUUAUAUUACUGAUCUGGAUUAUACAUGAUCUUCAUCAUAUUAAAAAAUUUGGUAAUAAUCAUCGUCAUCGUCAUUUGUUACAGCAGCAACAACAACAACAAUCAGUGGAUAAUAGUUAUUCGAAACCGAAUCGCAUAGUUCAACAUCAUUAUCAACCGAUCGAAUCGUAUGAAUUAGGUCAGAUGCAAACCUCCAAUGAAACUAGUAAAAAUCAUACGUUCAUUUCAUAUGUGAAUGAUGAUUCGGUUGCUGAUCAAUUGAUCAAAGUUAACAGUGAUGACCAUCAUGGCAUAAAGACCGUAUCGACCAUAGAUAAACAAAGUAAGCUUCGAACAUUCCUUAUGACAUUUAAUCAUCAUUAUGGUGACUAUAAUUAUGAUGGCAAUGAAGAUGAUCAUUUGUGUAUGAACCAUGAUUCCACCACAUUACGAACGAAUCGACCGAUACCUGUACAGAAUUUUUUUGCCUUUUUUCAAUCAGCAUCAAAAGAUUCUGAUCUUGGUUUUAGUCGUGAAUUCACUGCACUUGAACAAAUAUCACAUCGUGAGCUAUAUACAAAGUUGCCAUUAGUAGAAUGUAGUCAAUAUUGUGAUAUGAAUGGCAAGAAUCGUUUCCAGAAUGUUUUACCAUAUAAACAUACACUAGUCAGACUUAGCGAUGGUCACGAUGGCUAUAUGAACGCUAGCUUUAUAGCCGGUCAUAAUGGGCCCAAUGAAUAUAUAGCAACAUUGGCUCCAUGGAAUCAGGAUUCAAUAAGUGAUUUCUAUCGUCUUGUACUUAAAUAUCAUGUAGCCAUCAUUGUAAAUCUAGUCGAAUUCGAAAGUAUAGCCUAUCUUCCUAAAUGGAUUAAUGAUGAACCUAAACGAAUACGGCUAACCGAUGAUCAAAAAAUGUUAACUGUAAUGCUAGUCAAUGAAGAACGGUUCGAUCAAUACGUCAUACGUCACAUUAAGCUAAUGUUCGAAUCAACCGACGAUGUACAUGAGGCGUAUCAAUUCCAUUUUACCGGAUGGAAAGAUUUUGCCGUUCCAGAACAGGAACUACCAAUUUUGCAAUUUAUAGAAAAAGUUCGCCAAUAUUAUGAAAGACAUUGUUCAUCAUCAUCUUCGGGACAAAAAACACCAAUAAUUGUACAUUGUCGAGCCGGAAUAGGGAGGACUGGUACCUACAUAGCAAUCGAUCAUUUAUGGCAACAAUUGACCGAAAAAUUUCUACUACCAGAAUCACAUAGAAAAAAACUAUGGCAGCAAUCAUUACGAUGGCAUGAACUUCGACACUUACAUAACAAACAAUUACAAUGCCAAUUCUCAUUAUCCAAGACCGAUGCCGGUAGCCAUACGUUACCAAUACGUUCUAUUCAUCAAUGGAUGCCUCAUAAAUUUGGAACUAUAGCUCAUAUAUUUCGUUCGACUACGGCCACAUUAGGAAGACGAUUACAUAAUCGUAAAACGGUAUACGAUAUGAAUGAUAGCAAUCAUACGGAUCCUAUACAACAGGAUCCGGAAGCAGCUCAUUUAUUAUCAAGGGCACCAUAUAUGAUUGACAUACAUGGUCUUGUAUACAGGAUGCGAUCCAAUCGACGUGGUAUGGUACAAACAGACUCACAAUACGCCUACAUACACCGAUGUGUUUAUUAUAUUCUUCAACAUUGGCUUUGUUUACAACUAAUCGAUUCUCAAGCCAUCAGUCAACAGCAAACGGAUGAAAUCACGAAUGAAUCAAACAAACAGGACAAAACCAUCGAAAAUAUAGUUAGCAUCUGUAAUGAGCCUUCUACAAAAAACAUUGAAUCAGUCUGAAUGUGUAUUUUUUUGGGGGAAGGGGGUUCAAUUAUAUCCACAUAUAUGAUUUGAGGAAUCCAUUUCCAUUUUAUGCUUGAAUCGGAUCUGAUGGAUUAUGAUUCGGAAGUAGCCAUUUUUUGGCGAAAAAAAAAAUGUGAUCACAACAUGAAACGUGGGCAGUGUUUUUUUCUGUAUUUGUAUUUAUUAAUGUUCACAACACAUUAUCAGCAUCAAUGAUGACGAGAAUCGAUCGAAUUUGAUUGAUUUCCGCCAUCAAUAUGGUGUUCUAAGAGCAUUCAAUCACCAUCAUCAUUCUCGUUUUUUUCAUUCAUUCUUAUAUUCUUACUUUUGUUGAUCAAUAAAAACCGAUGGGGAGAGAGAGAGAGAAAAAAAAAAAUAAUUGCCCAUCAUUUACACACACACACACUUACACUUUUUAAGUGUAAAAGCAGCAAAAAAAUGGAAUUUGAAAAUCGGCUGAAAGAUUAUAGAAUAUUCGGAGAUUAUAGCCACUCUUCUCAUCAUCAUCAUCAUCAACAUCAUCGGACAUAUUCCACACACACACACACAUUACAUUGACAUUUUUUUUGGUCCAGUUAUCAAGCUUUAUUGGGGAAAACAAACAUACAAACAAACAAACAAACACAUACACAUACACAUACAAUUAUUAUAUUCCGUUUUGUUAUCCACGAUGAAUCCCACGCAACCAAACACACUAACAUCAACAACAACAACAACAACAAGAAGAUCUAUUCCGAUUCAUCGGAUUAGGCCCCUAAGUCAAAUGGCCUACGUGUGUUUUGUGCGUGAAUGUGUAUCAAUUGCAACAACAUUCCAAAAUAAAAGAAUGAUUGUUGGUUUUGUCAA